GCUAAAAAACAUCUAAGGAAUCUGUGCUACAAUCGCAAAUAAUGUUUUCUCCUUCACGGCUAUUAUGCAUUAUCAUGUCAAUGUUGUUACUUCUGGCCAUACUGCCCAUUGAUAUUUGGAUUAUUGUGCUACACAAUAUGGAAAAUUUUCGUGGGCGCUGCAUUUUUAGAGAAGUUUAUGAAUCCAGCACGCUUUACUACGUGAUAACUCGUUUGACGCGACCUUCUUCGUACUCGUUGAAAUUGUUAAAACCGAAUGUUGUGCAUUCCGGAAACAACUUUGACCUCGCACUUUACCAUCGCUUAAUCAAUGAGGUUGUUCGCCUUCACCGGAGCUCCUCAGGUUCCUAUCCGUCUUUCAUCGGACUAAGCGAUCAAAGGAAUCGUGCGUCAACAGGACAGCAGUUAGAAGCCUUGCAAGCGUUGAAGGCGGCCGAAUUUCAUCAGAACUCUGGACAACUUUCUAAAGCGAGGAAGCUAUUAGAACAUGCAUUUCGCCUCGACCCAGACAAUGUUGAUAUACUCGUCGCACUUGGAGAAGCUAUAGAGGGAUCAUGGGUAGUUAACAGACAGCAACAGGACAACGGUUCACCUUCAAGCUCAAAGUCAUUGGCCCCAUUUCCUUCUUUCUCCUUCAGUGACAUCGAUGAACUUUUAUAUGCCGCAGAUCACAUGUACACUCGUGCCCUUACAGUCAACCCAGGAUUUGAUAGAGCAGGUCGCUCUAAGGAUCGAUUGAUGCCACUUGUCGAAGAGGUCGAUCAGCGCCGCUUCAAUGUAAUCGACUUGAAAGUUAGGCAGUUUUACCAGAUCCCUGAGACGAACGCGGGUCUGCGGCAAGCCAAGUUUGAGCAUUAUUUCAAGCACAUAUAUCACACCAAUGCAAUCGAGGGUAAUACGCUUACGUUAGCUCAGACCAGAUCGAUAUUGGAAACCCGCCUUGCUGUGGGAGGAAAGAGUCUGAUGGAACAAAACGAAGUUCUCGGUUUAGAUGCAGCCUUACGGUACAUAAACGCUACUCUGUUGCUCGGUCGACUGACCCCCAUCAGUCUAGACACCGUAAUGCAACUGCAUCGGCACAUACUUUCUUUUGUUGAUCCCUCCGAAGCUGGACGUUUCCGACGAACUCAGGUGUUCAUCGCUGCCCACCGUCCUCCACCACCCGACGCGGUUCCUCAUCUGAUGCACGAGCUCAUUUCGUGGUUAAACUCGCAAGAGGUAGAGGACGUGCACCCGAUCGAACUGGCUGCUCUGAUGCAUUGGAAGCUGGUAUACAUACAUCCGUUUUAUGACGGCAACGGGAGGACAGCUCGAUUAUUAAUGAAUCUUAUCCUGAUGCGCGCUGGCCUUCCACCAGCUAUCAUCAAGGUCGAGGACCGCCCGGCGUAUUAUGAGCGCUUGAAAAUGGCCAAUGAGGGCGAUGUGCGGCCAUUUAUCCGGUUCAUUGCAAUGUGCACGGAACGAACAAUUGAUGAGUAUCUGGAAGCUUCUGUGGAGAUGGCCGGACUAAUCAUCGAAGAUACGCCACUGGUUUCAUCCGGAAUGCCUUUCACCACUCCGGCUUUGUCGACUAAAGAGGCCGUGCACCGCCCCCAGAGUAGUGCGAAGAUCGUACAAAGCUACUCAAACCGGCAGCAUUCUGACUUACGCCUUCCGAAUGUGAUCUAUUUGGGCUGACGAUCGACUCCAUUCCACAACCGCUGUGUUCGAAUUACCUCGUGUCUUUCUCCCGAUUCUGCCUUUAAGCUGACAAGAUUUUGCGGAAAGCACUGUGCGCCUGUGUGCAAUACUUUCCUGAUGUUCUGGCCGGAGAUGACAUGUUUCUUUUAUUCGACUGUGGUUAUUUUUCUUAUUUGUUUACUAUCAGCUAUGCUUCGUUUACCUUAUCGCUUUUCCUCUUUUUUGACCCACUUUCUGCCACUGUGUUUUUAAAAUAAACACCUCGUGUAUAGUCCAGUA